AGAGACAUGGGACUCCUCCCUGGGCAGGGGAAGAGGUGGCAAGAUAAGCUCUGCCUGUAGACAAGUAGCCCUGUGCAAGAUGUGAGGAUUCGAUGCAGCAGCCAGACAUGUCUGAAAGUUCCUCAGGUCUGACUGCAAGCAACCCAAAGUUCUUCCAGCCCUAUUCCUCCUGCUGCUCCCUCCUCAGUGAUGCACACACCAUUCCACCAGUUUUACCCCAAAACAGAGGAAUCCCUGGGCAGGGCUGGGACUCCAGGCUGCCUUUCCCACUUCCUUCUGACUCCUUCAAGUACCUUGGCUGGUGUGACAUAGAGGAACACGGGGUUCGAGGAAAUCAGCUGCACUGCCCCCGAGUGAGGGAAGGGCCCUCAGAAGAAGAGCUGUUUUUCAGAAAAGAAGAACAUGUUCUGAAAAAAAGAAAACAAGUAACUGACACAGAGAAAUGGGAAAAGAGGCUGCAAGAGAACUGGGAAAACUGUGCUGAGCUGAACCUUUCCUUCCAGGACCUGGGUGAUCUCUACCAGGUGGAAAACUUCAAAAGAAUCCUCCAAAGGUUAAUUCGGGUGGAAAAGCUGUGGCUGGUGGACAAUUCUUUGACAGACCUAAGUGCCAUAAGGUUGCCAAGAUGCAGAGAGCUAAAUGCAAAUAAAAACCACUUUACAUCCUUCAAACAGCUGCCAAAGAUCCCCCAGAUUCAGCACUUAUCUCUUGCUGAAAAUAACAUCACGACCCUAAGUGGGAUUUCAGACUUCAGACACACUCCACUUGAAUCCCUGAUCCUCAAGAGGAAUCCCUGUGAGUUCCAGGAAAGAUACAGACAACUUGUGUUCUCCAAUUUGCCAAACCUGAAAAUGCUGGAUGGUAUCCCAAAACUGCCAGAGGACUGUUCACCCCCUGAUGUCAGGUUGUUUUACAGAAUCUGCACUAUACUCUAGCACUGUAUUUUUGUGGGAUCACAACUGUGCU